GGACAGUUGCCCAUGGCAACCCCUGGGUGAGACUCACCCAGCCCUGGUAACCAGCUUGACUGCAUAGACUUCAGACAACCAUGUGAAGGGGAGUCAGAGGCCAAAUUUCCGUCACCAUGGUGGAUGUGCAGUGUCUGAGUGACUAUGAGUUACAUAAGCAACUGAAGAAGCUUGGAUUUUCAUCUGGCCCAAUACUACCUUCCACCAGAAAAAUGUAUGAAAAAAAGUUAGUACAAUUGUUGGUCUCACCUCCCUGUGAAUUACCUCUCAUGAAGAGACCCCAAAAGCCUCCCUGUGAACUACUUGUCAUGAAGAGACCCAAAAAGCCUCCCUGUGAACUACCUGUCAUGAAGAGACCCAAAAAGCUGCAUGGAUUUGAGGACAGCGAUGACAGUGAAGAUCCAGCAGUAAAUAUCGUUUUGAAAGGAAAUAUCAAAUUCUCGAAAGACAAAGGCAAGGGAUGUAAAAAAAAACCCGAGGCUUCUCCUAGUAAAAGAGGGACCUUAGACAUCUACCUGAGCCAGAAACCCACCAAGGGAGUCAGGUGUGCUGCAAGACUAAUUCCGAGGAUCCAGCAUGGGUGCUUUACCAAAGAGGAUUCCUGCCAAGGGAACCAGAGCCCAGGGACCAGGUUCCUGUGCCAGAACCCUGGGAACAGCAUCCCGUGCCGGAACCCUGGGAACAGCAUCCCGUGCCAGAACCCUGGGAACAGCAUCCCAUGGAGCUUGAAGCUGGCCAUCCUUGGCAUUUUCAUCAUUGUGUUGUUCGUCUAUAUAACCGUGGAAAAGAAGCCACUCUUGCGUUAAACCCUUUCGGGGCAAAGCAGAAGGGCCAUGGCUACAGCCAGGCAGCCCCCGCACCCCUCUGCCCCGUGCGCUCCCUGCCCUGUACUGGCUCUCCAGGCCGCGUGUGGGUUCAGCUAGGUAGAGGAGCAAGGGCUGUGUGCAUGAUGGUCUGUAAGUCAAGUAAGCCAUCAUUAAAUGUGCUAACACAUCA